UUUUGUCAUUACACUGUUUGUGGUUGUGCUCGUUUGCCCACUCUUCGUCUUGAGAAGCUCACUCUACGCUAUCGUCACCGUCUUCGACGAAAUCCUCAAGUACUAAUCGCAACAUGUCCACUGCACAGAGUUCUAGUAGUAUCAAUCCCCGGGUCAGAGAAGCCAGGGAGCUUCCACCGCUCGCAACCCACAUCCCUACAACUCCAACACUUCCUGGAGUUGAGGCGCUCCUCAGUGGAGUCCGCUCUGCUCAACAGGAAACGUCGUUGCAAGCAUCACCGACGACGGGGCAGCACGGCCUCCUCACGCCGUUGUCAACCCACAUCCCUACAACUCUAACUAUUCCUGGAGUUAAAGCGCUCAUCAAGUCAUCCCAAAGACAUGUCAAAAAGACGACGCGGGAACGAAAGACCCGUUCAAAGAAAAACAAGAAGUUGAAGACACUUGAGGGUCUUCUUCUAGCAGGCCCGUACAACCCAAAGCUCGUAGCCGCCUCUGAAUUAAAUUCACACAAUGCUGAAAAGAGUGGUUUGAAACAUACCAAGGGGGUCGUGAUAGACGCUGCUAUUCAUGCUUUAGAGAACCACGCCAUCCGGAUCAGAGACCAGGACACUGUGAUUGAACACCAGGACACUGUCAUUGAACACCAGGCCAGGGAAAUUCAAAGACUCGCUCAAGGUGGAAUCGUGUUUUCCGGGCUCGCCGAUACUGUCGCGCAACCAUUUCGACAUGCUCAUCUACGACCGCCCGAGUCCUAGUCCAGCUUCUUGCCCUCAUCAAGGCCAUGUCUCUCCUCGCACGUGGGCCAUUGUCUUUUUCGUGGGUCCUCUCCCUCAACAGAAAUGUUCACUUGGUGGUAUACUUUUGGUUUCCUUUCUUUUCAAGCACACCAGGGCAACAAGGAGUGGCAACCUGUCUGUCACCGGCUUGUGAGGCUGCCAUGCAUCAGGUCCCCUGUAUGAACGUAUGUCUGGGUAUCUUUCAAUUUUUUUUUCAAUCGGGUCUGGCACCGAGGGAGAAGCUGACGGCCUUGGGCGAAUUCAUGCAGAAAUGGCCUCACACCACUAUCAUAGACCUGCGCAUAUUGCGAAAUUCAUCUCUGG